AACUGAUCACCAUCCAACAGCAUCUGACAUGCAACGUCGUCUCUUUCAGGUUCUUGUUGCAUUUGAUAUUUAUAUCAAGGGUGAUGCACACAGCUCGCAUUAUUCUACCCCCAAGACAUGGAUAGUUCCUCUCAAGAGACUCUUGAAUACUUGCCCCGAGUUGCCCUCGUUACCGGUGCAGCCCGCGGCAUAGGUCAUGCAAUUGCCUUACGUCUUGCUCAGGACGGCAUCGAUGUUGCCGUCAACGACAUUGCCCAGCAAGAAGAACUCCUCAAUGGGGUCGUCUCCGAGGUUCAAAGCCUCGGAAGGAAGGCCCUCCCAGUCAUUGCUGAUGUUUCAGAUGAAGACCAGGUCAAAGGCAUGAUUGCUAAGACUGUUGAAGCACUUGGGAGCUUAGACAUCAUGAUUGCGAAUGCGGGAAUUGUGGGCCCAAGCACGCUGUUAGAACUAAAUGUUGCUGAUUUCGACCGAGUCCUGGCGGUGAACACGCGCGGCGCGAUGUUGUGCUACAAGUAUGCUGGACUUCAGAUGGUCAAACAAGCCCGUGGAGGUCGGAUCAUAGCUGCUUCCUCUGUCGCUGGGAAGAAAGGUUAUGCGCGCCUUAGCGCAUAUUCCACUUCAAAGUUCGCCAUCAGGGGAUUAACGCAAAGUUUUGCGACGGAGCUGAUUCCCCACAAGAUCACAGUCAACUGUUACUGUCCAGGCCUGAUCAAGACGGCUAUGACCGCACACCCACAAGAUGCCGAACUUGGGGGCCAUGGAGCCUUCACCAAGAUGGCGAUGGGUCACCCAGUUACCUCCCCCGACGCAGAACCUGACGUGGUUGCAAGUCUGGUAUCUUACAUUUGUAAACCUGAGGCUCACUUCAUAACUGGCCAAUCACUUGUGAUAUCUGGAGGAACAGUGAUGGAUUAAUCUCAUUGUUUUGGCAUUGUAGUGGAUUCUAUUCGUCCUACCUCCAUUCAGUAGAUUUCUAUAGCUUCCCGGGUCGUCCCUCAGACUCAAAGAGCCUGUAUGCAAGGCGUUUAGAAUAACAGCGAUAGCUUGACAUCAAGCCCUUAUUUAGGGUUACAAUUUGAAACUUGGUCAUCAUUCUCUUUGUUUCUUGGCUUUCGAAUUCAAACUAAGUAUCGCUUCACCACUCAAA